UGGAGAAGUGAAAUUGCCAUUAUUGACUCUGCCACCCGAGCCAUUGCAUUCAUUGCUUGGUGGCAAAACAUCAGAAUCACGCCAUUUUCUUGCAAACAGUCAAAAAUACAAUGGUUGUUUCCAAAUGACCUCAUUUGGGGCAGACAUUAUCGAAGAACGAGGAUUUAAUCCGACAUUCAAGAUAUAAGGACAAAUUCACCAUCGAAUUGGAUCAUUGCAACCUCUCGAAGAUGCACAGCAUAGAUUUUUACAAAUAUACUUCAUAGGCAACAUGGAAGAACAAGUUGAUCCACGUCAAGAGAUAAAUGCAGCAAUGAAAAGAGCAAUUCUUCAAGAUUUGCAGCAUCUGCUUCAUGAACAUCAUGCGUUGGUCAGGCUAUUCAAGAGUGCUUUAGAACGCAUGCCAAAUGAUGACUACAAAGUCGUGAUCAGAGCAGAUGACCGACCAUCUGGAACACACGAACGCACAUUUAACGCUCCAACAAUAGAUGAAGUUGCCAUCCUGAUUGUUGGUGAAAACUUGGAAACACGCGACAUUGUGCUUACACGUCGCGAUACUGGGCAACUGCAACAAAUAUCUGAAACACAUCGUUCAUAUGACACGUUACAGUACCCGCUGAUGUUUUGGCAAGGAGAAGAAGGAUAUUAUUUUAAUAUCAAAAUGAUAAAUCCAUUAAUUUUACAAUCCAUAUAUGUUACAUUGUUUGGUUUUGGUUUACAAUAAAAGACCAAUUACACUGCUUAUUAUCAGGAAAAGAUAAGGGGUUGUUCUAAAAUUAGACAAAUGACUGGCAACCGAUUUAAAAUCAUUCAUCUUCACCCCUUUAUAACUAUGAAAAAAUUAUAUAUUUACAAAAUACUAAAUCUAA